GAGACAGACCGACCGACAGAAAAAGAAGCACAGCACAGAGAAGAGAGGGGGAGGCAGAGCAGCAGCGUCAGUAUCUCCCUUGCUCCCACAAGACUCUGUGGCAGCAUGCUUGCAAACCACUCAAAUUUCCAUCCUGAAAGGACUCAACAGUGUGGUGCAAAAUCCUUGAAUGAUGGACCACUAAGCUAAACCUCAGCCACCUUUGGGGAUUGAAAUUGCAAAAGACCCAUAGAGAAGGAAAGCACUCCGACAGACCCAAGGAUCACUGAGGACUGGUCUUUGUCUAAAGGUUUAAAGAUGGAAUGUGAGGAAAAACACAAGGGAAGCUGAUGAUGAUGACGAAAGGAUAUGACACCAUUCUCCACUUCAAUCAAUUCUCACUCGCAGUGUGUGAAGGAUAAAGCGGGAGUAAAAAGGCUGUGAAUGUUUAAGACUUAAGGGAUCUGUUUCUUCAAGUGGUCUCCGAGAACUACAUGACCUAUAUCCAGGUCUGUGACCUUUGCUGCAACCCUACUCCCUCCCCCCACAACACCCUUGGAUCACAUGGGAAGUCAAGGGUUUGACUGGGUCGCCCCAAAAGGAACAACUAAGCCUGAUGUGAUGCGACAUGAGUUGCUGUGGACCAUAUCGACAUCUUCGCCAUCCAGAGAGAUAAAGAGACAAGAGCGAAAGACGUGCAAUACCUGAAAAGAGGAGAGUAGUGAAGAGAGCGGGAUUGUUCUGGCACUGGCAUCAUUUUCAGGCAGGGAUGAGACUAGAGGCAAUGGCUCAAGCACAGCAAACAAUGAAGAGACAGAGCUUUGCAUGAAAGAAAGCAUUGAUCUUAGUGCACCGCACUGAUGUUGCAAACCACAUGCCCCCCAAUGAGGGGCGGGUGUGUGCUGCUUUCUGUGUUUCACAAACAGACUAUUCCCCUUGCGUGAGUGGAGCCAGUAUCCCCAAACUUAAGGCCAGCAGAAGAUUUUUGAAUUGUCUGUCAAAUUUCAACAUGUUUUCAGAAGUAAUGCUGCAAAUCAGCUGCAUCACGUGAAGAUUGAUGUUCAGCUCAGGAUAUGGUGGGAUGGUCUGACAUGUUCCACCAAAUUCCUUGUGGCCACUUUGACUGCUGCUGAGCUGGAGAGGACACUGCUGGGAGGAGUGGCCUCUUCCUCUCAUCAGGAUAAUGCACACAUCCCCAGUCGUGAUCUCUGCAGCCACCAUGAGCAACAUGACGGUGCUUGACAAUGCUGACCCCUUUGACCUUGACAUGACCUCCUCUGAAGCUAUAUACCCCAUCAGCUUCCAGGUUUCUCUGACAGGCUUACUGCUUUUGGAGGUAGUCUUGGGCUUGAGCUCCAACCUCACUGUGCUCGUCCUCUACUGUAUGAAACAGAACCUUAUCAGCUCUGUUUCCAACAUCAUCACCAUGAACCUGCAUGUGGUGGAUGUGUUGGUGUGUGUAUGCUGCAUCCCACUGACAGCCGUGGUAGUGUUGCUUCCUCUGGAGGCGGAUACAGCCAUGAUCUGCUGUUUCCAUGAGGCCUGUGUCUCCUUUGCAAGCGUAGCUACGGCUGCUAAUGUUCUGGCCAUCACAGUGGAUCGCUAUGACAUCUCAGUGCGGCCAGCAAACCGCGUGCUUACGAUGGGCCGAGCUGUAGCUCUACUGGGAUCAAUCUGGGCUCUAUCCUUUUUCAGUUUCCUGGUUCCGUUUAUGGAAGUGGGUUUCUUCAUCAACUCCAGUUCAGACCUUGUGAACCAGACUACAGUGGUUGCAGUGGUUCAAACAAAUGAGUACUACACAGAGCUGGGUUUGUACUAUCACCUGCUUGCACAGAUCCCCAUAUUCUUUUUUACAGCUGUGGUAAUGCUAGUGACUUACUACAAGAUCCUUCAGGCGCUUAACAUUCGCAUUGGAACUCGCUUUCAGCACAACCUACCUAAAAAGAAGCAAAAGAGCAAAAACACCAUCUCUUUGAGCACUGCAACACAAGCAGAGUCAACUGACGCUUCACAGAGUAGCACAGGAGUCAGGGGAAGUGGGAAUGCACCUUUGGGCAUGCGGGCAUCAGUGUCAGUCAUUAUUGCAUUGAGACGAGCAGUAAAGCGUCACCGGGAGAGACGGGAGAGACAGAAGCGAGUCUUCAGGAUGUCCCUUCUCAUCAUUUCCACAUUCCUACUUUGCUGGACUCCAAUAACUGUGCUCAACACCAUCAUCCUCAGCACUGGGCCCAGUGAUUUAACUGUUCGCCUCCGCUUGGGAUUCCUGGUGAUGGCAUACGGAACCACUAUCUCCCACCCACUCCUAUAUGCCUUCACUCGGCAAAAGUUCCAAAAGGUUUUGAAAAGCAAGAUGAAGAAGAGGGUGGUUUCUGUAGUCGAAGCUGACCCUACUCCAAACAAUGUAGUCAUCCAUAACUCAUGGAUUGACCCCAGGAGAAACAAAAAGGUCACCUUUGAGGACACAGAAGCCAGACAAAAGUGUCUGUGCUCACAGGACGCAGAGUAAUGGGAUUAACUCAGAUGUAAAUAUGUCAAAUAUGUACAGGAAAUGGGACCUGGUUACACUUCAAAGAAAAAACAAACUAUGCCAGAAAAAAAAAUGAUAAAGUAUUGUUUUAGAGGAAGAUUUUUUUUUUUUUGGAAAGCAUCUGAAAAAAAUGAUAGAAGAAAUGUGACUAUGAUGGGGAAAUAUACUACAAAUAAACUAGCUAAACAUACAAGUGCUCAUUAACGUUGGAGUACAUAAAUCACGGGCAGCUUACUAAAUGAAUAUUAAAACGACAAGCUAAGAAAAGAUGAUGUGUUCCUGACAUCAGAGGAAUAAACUGACAAAAGUAAAGGAGCAUCCUUAAAGUAAACAUCACAUGUAAAAAGGGAAACUACCACCAGCUGAAUAUGCAUGAGGUUAAGGGUUGCAUUUAUAGUCGAUUUUUUCCUAAAUACAAAAACAUGUCUCAUGAUACAUGUCACAGACACACAAAAAAGGAUAAUUUAUUGCUAUUUAUUGUGGAAUGUUGUGGAGUCGUGGCGUGCUCUCAAGGACAAUUCAGUCAUAACUCUGUAUCUAAGCAGCAGUGUUUGUUGUUCUCUGGUUAGCGUAAAAUGAGACAAAUGUCUAUGUACAGUCACAGAAUACCUUGAGAUUGUUUGUCACCCUUUGUAAUAAACAACCAAAGGCACAGUAUGUGUAGGUAUCCCUCUGCUCUCUUUAGCUUCUCAAAGUGGAAUUAGAUACAGGGACAGAACACAUCAGGCCAUGUGAAAUUUUAUUUCGCCUUCACUUUCCUCAGAGGGGUCACCUCUGUCCCUUAUGCGUGCACUCAAUCUA